CUCUCUCUCGCUCACAAGAGGCGUGACUACCGAGAAACAUAUGAGGAAGGGAACUGCUCGGUCGGAUAAUAUCCAGCCAGUUUCCACUCCGAAAUUAUUUGCGGUGUCAGAUUUGCGGAAGACUCCAAAAAAGAUACGCCAGUGUGUGCUCAGUUCUGGCCUGGACUAUUGUGUGGCUGACCUGUAAAUUCCCAUCCUCCGGUACUCCAGAGAUCACCAUGGCGACAAUCGUUAUGGAGCGGAUUGGCCGACUCUUCAUUAAUCUGCAGCAGGUGGGGCGAGUUCCCCAGAUGCUCACCGAGGCCUUACCCUCCACGGCCGACACCCUGCGUGACACGGAGGUGCCCUGGUUUUUCCGUGAACGCUACAUUCACUCUGGCUACCGGCCGCUGCACCAGAACUGGCGCUACUACUUCCUUUCGCUCUUACAGCGGCACAACGAGACCAUAAAUGUGUGGACGCACCUCAUUGGUGUGCUAGUGGUCCUUGCGAGAACUGCACGGCUUACCGAAACCGUCGAUUUCAUGAACGACCCUCAUUCCUGGCCGCUUUUCAUCCUGCUCUUGUCCUCAGCGAGCUACUUGACCUUCAGCACCGUGGCCCACCUGUUGGCGGCGAAAUCUGAAAUCUGCCAUUACGGCUUCUUCUACCUGGAUUACGUAGGAGUGGCGCUGUAUCAGUAUGGCAGUGCAGUGGUGCACUACUACUACGCCAUUGAGGAAAGCUGGCACACACGUGUACGAGGUUGUUUCAUGCCUAUUGCUAGCUUCUUGUGUUGCCUGUCUUGCUUCGGCUGCUGUUACGGGAAAUAUCGCAAUUACAGCCUUCCUCCCUGGGUUCGCAAAGUAGGCCAAGUGGUGCCUUCAGCCGUCGCUUACGGCUGGGACACCAGCCCUGUGUUUCAUCGUUUCGUCAUCUGGUUUCUGUCCUGGAUGAGUGGCGAUUUCAGAAACAGCCCUGCACUGCUCUUUCACUUCGGCCAGGUGGCGUUUUUUCUUUCCAGUGCUUUUUUCUUCACCCAGCCUAUUCCCGAGCGCUGGUUCCCAGGUCACUGUGACUUCUUAGGUCAGGGUCAUCAGGUAUUCCACGUGCUGAUGGUUCUGUGUACAGUCUGCCAGAUCCACGCUUCAUAUUUGGACUACUUCAACCGCAGAGACUUCUAUGUGAAACUCAAUGCUGAUGGCGAGGCAUUGUUCUUUGUUGCGCUCUUCAUUUUAACACUCAUCACCUCUGCUCUGAUAGCCUUGUAUAUGCUCGCGAAAGUAAAAAGAUUACAGGGAAAAACUAAGUAAAGAAUAGGAGUAGCUUGUCCUGCACUUUAAUGGUGGAUGGUCAGCACGCUCCCAAGGAGUAUUAGAGUUAUAGGCUGAUGAAAUCUGAUGAAAAGUUUUAUUCAAGCCCACAUAGCCUUUAGCUAACAGUGAUUCUUCAUGUUUCUGGAUCAAUAUUCUUGUUGGUCCUGUAACAACAUUCUUAUCAUCAAAUUCGAUUUUACAGUGUUAGGUUAGGGAUCAGGUUAUGACUGUGUUUGUAAGGAUUGGACUUUGAGCAAAUGCUUAAUGUUCAAACAGAUCAUCAUCGGUGUUAGUAUUUCUGAAUGUGUUAUUAAUGAACUGCUUCUGUUAAAGCGAUAGUUCAGUCCAAAAUGCUCCAAAAUCACUCCAAAAUCAUUCGCUCAGCCUGCAUGACUUUCGUUCUUCUACAGAAGAGCAGGUACUUUGAAGAAUGUUGGUAACCAAGCUUUUGUUUCCACAAAAGAAAUUAAGUCAUAUAGGUUUGA